AAUCAGGUGUGGCGUGACACCUUGUAUUUAUCCAGCUCUUUUCUUCUCAGGAGCUUUGGGCACAUCACAGACGUUAUCUCAUUUGUUAUCUCAUUGAACUUCACAACAUAACUACCAGGUUGGCACUUCUGACUCUCUGUAGUCUGCCAAGGAAGAAACUGAGGACCACCAGCAGAGAAGGGUGUUCCCUGAGGCCCCGCAGUUAAAAUGGGAGCAGUCAGGGCAGCUGCUAGUCCAAGUAAGAGGUCCCAGCGGGGUGGAUGUGAGUGGGGCCACUCUCUCUGCCCAAGGUGGGAAGAAAAACAGCAGAAAUAGAAGAAACAGCAUUUCUCGUGGGUGUCUGUCUGCAAGCAAGAGGGCAGACGGGACAUUUGCUGGGGCUCAAGAUAGCUGUUAUUUUACAUUAAUAGCAGCUACUGUGCGCUUCACAGGGUAAACUUGUUUUAACAGUUCAGCUCGGGCAUUUGUGUGUCUGCAGGAGGUGCCCCCAUCUGUCUGUGCGUGGCUCGGCCGAUGCAUGUUGGGGGGCUGCCAUGCAAGGAACGCUGCCGUGCGGGGUGUGCUGGGGAGAGUGUGAGGGGAAAACGUGCCUUUCAGUUUUGAGAAGCCUUGUGUGUCUGCAUGCAUAGUGACAGAGGUAGCUGCUUCCAGACAUAUAUAAAUGGCUUUCUAAUCCUGAGAUCUUAUUUAUAUGCCUUUGCAUUUAUUCAACACUCAUUUCAUAAAUAUUCAUCGGGUGCCUACCAAAUGCAAGCUCUGGGCUAGGCAUGAGGCGACACAGAUGCAAAAUGCAAAUGGUGGCAAACCUAUGGCGAAGCAGCUUAUAGACUAGAGUAAUGGAUGAUACUGUAACAUUUCAUACCAUUCACUAAGUACACCGCGUGUGCCCAGGGCUUUUUAUUCAUCAUCUCGCUUCAUUUUCACUGCAGUGCUGCAGGGUGUGCAUAACUACGAGAAGAGGAGUGUUAAAUAACUUAGCUAGGCCAGUCCACAGAGGAGCAGAGUUUUGAACUCAGCUCAGUAAGACUCUAGACCCCGCCUCUUUCCACUUUCUUCUGCUAUCUUUGAGCACAGAACACACUGUUUCUUCUGUGUAGAAUAUUCCUGCCUAGUUCCUCCACCUUGUCCCCCUAACUAGCUCCCACGUUUGGUUUUAACCAUAGGAUCCACUCCUCCAGGAAAGCGUCCCCUAUCUCUUCCUUAAUUCCAGGUCAGAUACCUCCCUCCAAGUUCCUACCAUACUUCCAUGCUAUGACAGCAUUUACCCACUGGUUCCUGAAGAGUCUGCAAAGUUUCUAGAAGCAGAAACUGAGUUGUGAAUUCCCAGCUCAGAGUACAGUGAUUGGCUACUACAAGUAGGCCCUUAGUAGAUGCUUGUUUAAUAAAGUAGGGGAAAGGAGAGCUGGCAGAGGCCCUGGGCAGGGAGCGUGACUCCCGACAGUGGAUUUCUGCACGGACACUCUUUGCUGAGUGGCCUCUGACUUUCCUUCCUCUGUUCCCAGGCCGGCUCCUUCAGGGCCUCUGCAGAGAUGGGGGCAUCGCAGGCCCCACCUCCAACAGUUCAGGAGCCCAAGGGAACCCUGGCCCCCAACCCAUACCACCUCCAGAUCUAUCAGCCCACAAGUACAGUUCUAAAAGGGGAAGGUUCUAGGUAUGAUCUAGACCUGGGUUUCUUUUUCAAUCCUGCACUUUGUGUUUUUAGAAAAGGCCCUGGAAAAAAAAAUCCUGGACUUUGAACCCUAAGAAGCAGAUGGUUCCAGGGCAAUGAUGAGGUGUUUCUGGAGUUUUGCCUACAAAGGAGUAUCCCAUAGCCUGGGGAGUAUUUAGACAAUUUACAUAUUAGCUCUUUGAGUUUGCCUUUGAAUAGAUCUUUGUGCUGCUACAGUUUGAAACCUGUAAUGGACACUCUGAGGCAGCUGUCGGGAGUAUGAAUUGCUACCAUGUUUGGGGAGGUCAUCUGGCUGUGAUUUUCCAAGGCCACACUGACUCUCUUCCCAUGCCCUUGGCAUCACCCCGUUAUUUCUUAUAUUGGGGUUACCACAUGUGUUCUAGGGGAUCCACAAUGAUUUUAGUUUUCCUUUCAAAGAUCAUUACUCGAGUUUGAAAACCUCUGCAUUUCACUAUUUAUUAAAAGUCUUAUAAAUGUGAGGUAGCAGGGAAAUGGGAGAUGACAAAGCUAAGUAAUGGUUUGAGACUAAAGUUGGUGAUGAACAUUGGGAAGAAGAGUUAGCACACCUGAAUCAAUGACAAAUAAACUGAAAAUUGGCAGGUGAGUUGGAACCUCCCUCACCAGGGAGGAGGUGGCCCUGAACCGAACCUUGAAGUUGAACCUAAGGAGGGUAUGAAGAGAGUUGAUGAACUGGCAGGCAAGGGCCUGACAGCAGGGUGCAAGCUGAUCGCCGAGGAGAUGGGGCUGUCUCCCUCGCAGGACGGGUGGCCUCCUUCUGCUGGGCGUGGCCAGCCUAGGCAGAGCUGGUGAAUGGAAAAGGGGAGAUAACUCACCUCUCCCCACUGCCUCCAGCCAGUGUGCAGAUCUGCCUGUAGUUCUCCUUCUCCAAGGGUUUAGAGAAGUUGAUGGGGCAUGUCAGCUAGAGCCAGGCUGCUGGGUUGGGCUUCAGGCUAGUGGCCUCCCAUGCCACCUGGCACAGCCGCUCUCUACCUGGCUUUCCCACCCUGGGUCUCCCUCUCCCACACUCUCACUUCCUACUGGACCUUGACUUUCACCAUGUCUAGACUUCCUUAAUAAUAAUUUUAAUAGCCCUUUUUAUUUCGACAGGACUUUACACUUUAAGAGGGGACAUAAAAUUAUUACUAGGACAUAAAAUUAUUAUUAUAAUUAUUGACACCUCACAAACGUCUCUGGGAGAAGUUUCCUUCCACCAUUUGCCAGCCGAGGAAACUGAGGGAACCUGUCGAAGGUGAAGUUCACCCAAGAUUUUAAGAGGAAUGCUGAGAUUUGAACCCAGCUCUCUUGACUCCCAAUCUGGGGCUAUAACUACCAAGCCAUUGGGUCUCAUUGAUUAAAUGUAUUUAGGUUCAACAAUUAAAUGGAAUUGUUGGCAAGUGUUUCGUAGGCAGGGGAAAAAGAGCUUUGUAAAAUUCUAAGAAUGGGUUACUUUCAUAAUUAUUGUAAAUGAAGCAUGGUGAGGACAUUUGAGUGGUCUUCGCUUUUUCUGUGUCUGCUCCCCCACCACCUUCCUCCUCCCUAAGCGAUUGUCAUACAUAUUUGUUAAGCUCAAUAGGCAAUAAAUUAGGGAGUAUCUAGUAUAAUGGAAUGUCUACUUAAGAUUUAAGGAAUGAAGUUUAUCAUAUGUCAGUUCCUUAUUUAUAGCUAGUCAAUUCAUAAGGUCUAAUUCACUCCAUGUUGAAAUUGAAGCAAAACUUGCCUCUACAGAAUCUGAAUUAAUGGCAUUUCAUUGGAACACCAAACUUUCUUGCAUAAUCUAUUUCAGUGUUUCCACUUUGUCCAUAAGCAAAUAAGUUCCAAACUAAAAUGGGGUGGCAGUCUGUUCACUGUAACCUAAGCAGUGUGCGGAAACCAGACUUCAGGGGCAGUCUCGCAGGGAGGCUGCCCCCCAGUUGAGAAGAGAAUUGGAUGGAGCACCGUGGGAAGCAGAGGGUCUCCCAGGGAGGGGGGAGACAGAGACAGAGGACAGGCAGAGAGGGAAUGUGUGUGUUAGCUGGCAGCUCAAGCUAAUUGUUCUCAUCAAUCCAGCAGAGAGGUGAUUUUUUCUUACCAAGUGGCAGGCCAAAUUGCCGUCUGAGCAGAUGUGACGUGGGUUGCACCCCAUACCUGGAACAAAGGCAGCCAAGAGCUGCCCCGUGCAGAUCGCCAAUAGAUGCGCUUCCGUGUCAGUUCAUCACUGUGGGGGAAGAUAACUAACCGCCUUCGGGAUGGCGCCAGAGCACGUGCGCGUGUGAGCGCACACACAAACGCACAUUCAUUCACCCGUGCUCAUCGCCUCUCCCUCCGACACAUGCUCUCCUGUGAUGCCCCAACUCACAGUCCCAAGCACAGCACCUCACACAGAUCUUCAAGAGACUCCCACGAUGCCAGGACCCGGAAGAGCCGCCUCUCUCUCUCUGCCUGGGCUGGCCAAUCUGUGAGCUCAGGCAGCCCCCUGGGGGGCCCCAGAGCACCCCCAUUUCUACCCAGCAGCACACAGCAGUGGCCAUGUGCCCGUCAGAGCUGCAGAUCCUCCCAAGCCGAGCAGCACCCAUCAGAAGAGGAAGGACCAGUCUGGGCCCAUGGCUCUCCCGGGCUCUGUGAGGUUCUUGCUAUGACCGCAGUCUCCUCGAGGAGCCAGGACCGCUUCCCGCUGCCACAGCCCCUCCAGGCGCCCACCCGGCCCAGCCCUCCCUCGGCCCCGGGUCACCAUGGGCAGCGUCAGCAGCCUCAUCUCCGGCCACGGCUUCCACAGCAAGCACUGCCGGGCGUCGCAGUACAAGCUGCGCAAGUCCUCCCACCUCAAGAAACUCAACCGCUAUUCCGACGGGCUGCUCAAGUUCGGCUUCUCCCAGGACUCGGGUCAUGGCAAGUCUAGCUCCAAAAUGGGCAAGAGCGAAGACUUCUUCUACAUCAAGGUCAGCCAGAAGGCGCGGGGCUCCCACCGCCCAGAUUACACGGCGCUGUCCAGCGGGGACCUCGGGGGCCAGGCCGGGGUGGACUUUGACCCGGCCACCCCACCCAAGCUCCUGCCCUUCUCCAAUCAGCUAGACAUGGGCUCCGAGAAGGGCGCGGCGAGGCCCACAGCCUUCAAGCCCGUGCUGCCACGGUCAGGGGCCACCCUGCACUCGUCCCCCGAGAGCGCCAGCCACCAGCUGCACCCCGCCCCUCCGGACAAGCCCAGGGAGCAGGAGCUGAAGCCCGGCCUGUGCUCCGGGGCUCUGUCCGACUCGGGCCGCAACUCCAUGUCCAGCCUGCCCACGCACAGCACCAGCAGCAGCUACCAGCUGGACCCGCUGGUCACCCCCGUGGGGCCCACCAGCCGCUUCGGAGGCUCGGCCCACAACAUCACCCAGGGCAUCGUCCUCCAGGACAGCAACAUGAUGAGCCUGAAGGCGCUGUCCUUCUCCGACGGCGGGAGCAAGCUGGGCCACGCCAGCAAGGCGGACAAGGGCCCCGCGUGCGUGCGCUCCCCCAUCUCCACGGACGAGUGCACCAUCCAGGAGCUGGAGCAGAAGCUGCUGGAGAGGGAGGGCGCGCUACAGAAGCUGCAGCGCAGCUUCGAGGAGAAGGAGCUCGCCGCCGGCCAGGCCUACGAGGAGCGGCUGUGGCGCUGCAGGGACGAGCUGGAGGGCGCGGAGGCCAAGUGCGGCAAGCUGAAGCAGGCCUCGCAGAAGAGCCAGCGCGCGCAGCAGGUGCUGCACCUGCAGGUGCUGCAGCUGCAGCAGGAGAAGCGGCAGCUGCGGCAGGAGCUCGAGAGCCUCAUGAAGGAGCAGGACCUGCUGGAGACCAAGCUCAGGUCCUACGAGAGGGAGAAGACCAGCUUCGGCCCCGCGCUGGAGGAGACCCAGUGGGAGGUGUGCCAGAAGUCAGGCGAGAUCUCCCUCCUGAAGCAGCAGCUGAAGGAGUCGCAGACGGAGGUGAACGCCAAGGCCGGCGAGAUCCUGGGCCUGCGGGCGCAGCUGAAGGACACGCGGGGCAGGCUGGACAGCCUGGAGCAGAAGACGCAGGAGCUGGAGGGCGCCCUGCGCACCAAGGGGCUGGAGCUGGAGGUGUGCGAGAACGAGCUGCAGCGCAAGAAGAACGAGGCGGAGCUGCUGCGGGAGAAGGUGAGCCUGCUGGAGCAGGAGCUGCUGGAGCUGCGCGCCCAGGCCGCGGUGGCCCGCGAGGUGGCGGCCUCGGCGCCCGCGGCCUUCCCGGAGGACAUCCCCGCGCUGCAGCAGGAGCUGGAGCGGCUCCGGGCGGAGCUGCGGGAGGAGCGGCAAGGCCACGACCAGAUGUCCUCCGGCUUCCAGCACGAGCGGCUGGUGUGGAGGGAGGAGAAGGAGAAGGUGAUCCAGUACCAGAAGCAGCUGCAGCAGAGCUACCUGGCCAUGUACCAGCGCAACCAGCGCCUGGAGAAGGCCCUGCAGCAGCUGGCCCGCGGCGACGGGGCCGGGGAGCCCCUGGAGAUUGACCUGGAAGGGGCUGACAUCCCCUACGAGGACAUCAUAGCCACCGAGAUCUGAGAGGCCGCCCGGGGGGAGCGAGGCCUGGGGACCCGGCCCUGGGAGGCAGGAGCUGAGCCCGUUCGAAGAGGGCUCCCCUCCCCAGCACCCCUGCUCAGUGGCUGCAGCCCCUCUGAUGGAAGCCACCCCUGGGGGCACAGGCCCAGGGCCCUGAGUGUCGGGCAGGGUUGCAGGAUGGCCUUCCCUCCCGUGUCUGACGUCCCAGCGCUCACCAACCCUGCGGCCUGCCGGACCUCGGGCCCUGACUGCUGUGGCUUCCCCAAAGGAUGGGUCCAGGGACCGCCAUGCUUCGGUUAAGGGCUCCCUAAACCUGCCUUUGUUCAGAAUAGUUAGAGAUACCCGCCACCAGGGAAGGUGGCCACUGCCCUGAAGCCACGCAGCCAGGCCAAGUACGAAGCUCCCCUUCACCUCUCAUCCCAAGCCCCUUCUCCCCCGUGGACACACCGGAAUGCCUUGGGAAUAGAAAGAAGCCAUUUGUGACCAGAAGCCUUGGAGCCUGGCCCGUCAGGAGCUGAGCUGCUUUUCCUGUGGCCUCAGACAGAGGGCUGGCAGGGGCUCUGGAGAGCCUGGCCCAGCACCGGGGCUGUCCCGACCCCAGCCAGCCACAGGAAGGAGGGGACAGCUGGGCAGACAGAGGGGGUCAGAGGGAGAAACGACGUCGUGUCAGCCAGGGGUGGGUGGGGACCAGCCAGACCCUGGGGCCCAGCGCUGCCUGCUGGUUCCCAGUAGCUGGAGCUGAGAAGCCUUGGGACAGUUGGAGGCCUUUGGCCUCAGUGCCCAACCUUCCAAAGCCAUAGACACUGAGGCCCUGGGGUGGGCUCUGGGAAGGGAGGGUCCAGGGCACCGUGACACAGAGUGGGUGGCUUUCCAGUCGUCCCAGGGGAACCUCCAGAUCCCUCCAGCUGGGGCUAGAGGCAGGGUUUCCCCACCUGGUUCGGAGUUGCCCGGUGGCUACUCUGGAAUGUUAUUUCCUUCCCCAAAUCAAGGUUUUACUUGGAUGCAGAAUGACCCGUGUCCACUGAGUGCGCAUGUGUGAUCUGGGCGUCUCCCUCCUUUGCCUGUGGCUGGAUUCAAAGGUGUGCUGUUUCCCCUCCGCCUUUAGUGCCAAGUUCUGGGUCUGCACGGGUCAGGACGGGUCCCCAGAGUGCCCGUGGGCCAGAGCCCCAGGCAGGGAGAAAAGAGGAGGCGCACGCAGCAGUACGCACAGCCCCGGGCCACCACUGCCCUGUCCUCCCUCCCCUCGAGCCCCCGGCACUCCCAGACUGUAAAGAGUCCCGACGGCAGCAGCGUUUCUCAGGGGCCCGGGCAGUGCCCCGGCGAGGCCGGGCUUUCCCUCCCGAGCACGUGCAGAGCUGGAGGUGGGGGGAGGAACGUGGACAAGGUAGAGUUUUGGAGUUGCUUGGUUCAGGGAAUUUUCUUUUUCUUUCUUCUUCUUCUUUUUCCUUUCUUGUCUGUCUGUCAGAGGCAAGCCAGGCCCAGCAGGCUGUUGUCUGUUCUAUAUUUGACUCUAGCCACAGCUGCUGUUCUUAGGACAGCCAGCCCUGCUGGGUCCUGCUCCUCCCGCCUGCCUGCUGAGUCGGUGGGGACAGUCUGGGACUCGACAGUCUGAGGCCAUCCCCAGUCCUGUCUCCCCGGCACUGGGGGUGGCAGCCGGAGGGGGGGCACCUCCCUUCCUGUCCACCCCACUCAUGGGGCCCCACAGCCCUUCCCUGGGUGAGAGUUGAGGGCAGGGCCACCUUCCCUGUGCUAGGCUCUGCUGUCUGGUCCCCGGGCUAUGCCGUGCUGGUCCUGCUGUCCACAAAUGACAGAUGAGGGUUCUGGAAUUUCAAACCACAGCUCUUAGUCACAGGCUAGAUUUAAACCUGGAAUCCACAGGCCAGAAGCCCCUCCCUGCAUGGAAGGCAGUACCUCCACGGGGCAUAGCCCCGACCCCGAGUCAAAGACGUCCCAUUCUUGCCCCUUGUUCCCGCCAGCCUGUGCCUUGUUGGAGUCCCUCCCCCUUGAGACUGCCCCGUGGAGAGAGAGAAAGGGGCUGGCUGCCCCUCCCCAGAGCCCAGCACCCUGCCCACAAGACCUCGCCUGGGAAGAAGCGGGUCCCAGGCCCAGUGUUGGAGCCCGUGUGUCACUGUGGGGUGUUGGUACCUCCACCCACAGGGGAGCUCAGCCUUCUUCGUGUCUCCAUGGCCCUGCCCCAGCCCCCCCGGAAGUCCACCCAGGCCCUGCCCAACACCCCAGAUGGCAGAUGGCCCAAGGGUGGCCGGGGUGGCCCAAGGUGGCUCCAGAAUGCAAGUGUUCUGUUUCCCAGUGACCUCGCCUUCCUGUGGAUUUUCUUUCCUUCCCCAUCCGAAAGCAUCCUCACUAUUCUUGGACCACGCCAUACUCUGCCUGUCUGGAAGGAGGCUCUGAACAGCGGGGGCCCCAGGCCUCGGUGGGCUCACUGCCCUUCCCUCUGGGCACUCCGUCUGGCACGCGUGCCCACUCAGCUCCCCAAAGGAUGCCUGGCCUAAAAAUACUCCAGCCGUCUGCAAAGAGAGAGUGUCAUUCAGCACCACCUCACCCAGGAAGGGACUCUGCCUCUGGGCCUUGGAGCGGCCAGGCUCUCAGGACAGCCUCAGGGGCACCUGGCAGGUGCCAGGAGCACCCAGCCCCCAUGGGCACCAAGCUCACAUGGGGCUGGGAAUGGGGGCAUCUCUCUGAGAGGCACUCAUGGAGCCUCUCGUUGCUGGCGCCAGCCUGGACCAUCUCUUAGGUGAGACAGUUGCCCCAGUGUGAGCCAGGCUGGCUGGUGGAGCAGUGGCUUUGGGAGAAGGGUGUCCCUGUGGGCCCUGAGUUCUCACCCGGUACUGCCAGGACAGGAGGCUGCGCCGCCCGGGCCACUGGGCCUGAGCUCCUCACCUGUCGUGCAGGUGGCCCUCACGCUGUGCCUGCUGGGAAAGCUGGAACCCUCGGCAGAGAGGAGCCCCGGAUGGACUGGCAUUUGGAAGAUGUACAUAGUUAUUUUUCUCUCUAUCGUUUCUUGUUUGGCUUGGUUUGCUUUUGACAGCUUCAUUCGAUUUUUAUUUUUGACGUCACUUUUUGGCCAUGUAAACUAUUUCUGGUAAUCUUAUGUUUUUAUUUAUGAAUAAAGAAUGCCAUUUCUCAUGCCCUCC